UGCACCAGGGGAAAUUGCUGUCUGAAUAUUGUCUCAGAGAUGGGGGCCAGUGACAGUUGCCUGGAAACUUCAAUCUGUCCACCCGCAUUUAUUCCAGAUCACAGUUAUGAGAUAAAGUUUAAUAAAAAUCUUUUUCCUCCGCCACCAACGAAAUGAAAUCCAACCCAUUCUGAACAACUGAACACAAUGAGACAGGACUGCGGAGGAAACCUCAUGUUCAACAUGUAUCUCUCAGAUCCAACAGAAAAUCUGUUGAAAGAAAGCAAAGGAACAUCCUGGGGUCCAAUAAACACAGGAGUACAGAAAGGCAGUGGGCAGAUCCAGCUGUGGCAGUUCCUGCUGGAGCUCCUCUCUGACAGCACCAACAUGUCUUGCAUCGCCUGGGAGGGCACCAACGGUGAGUUCAAGCUCAUCGACCCGGACGAGGUGGCUCGGCGCUGGGGGGAGCGCAAAAGCAAACCCAACAUGAACUACGACAAGCUGAGCCGGGCGCUGCGCUACUACUACGACAAAAACAUCAUGACCAAAGUCCACGGCAAGCGGUAUGCCUACAAGUUUGAUUUCCACGGCUUGGCGCAGGUGUGCCAGCCGUCCACAACGGAGCAGGCCAUCUACAAGUUUCAGGGUAACUUCUCCCCGAUACCUUUCUCCGGGAUUUCCAAACUGAACCUCGUGGCUCCCGGCGUGGGGCCGUCGAGUUUCUCCUAUUGGCCCGGUUCCCCUCCGACGGCUCUGUAUCACAGCCACAACCUCCAGCCGCCGGGGCCAUUUGGCACCGUGUCCCCGUCCCACAUCAGCUGUGUCAACAACAUCAACAGUCUAACUAACAUCAAUAACCAUUACAACUGACUCUUAAUGCAUCUUUAGACAACCUGGAGACGUAUAGACACCGCGGGUAACACAGCAACGAACGAAGGGAGGUGACAAAGAGCACCGAAAGGUCGGGUUUGGUCAUUUGCAGGUGAAAAUAUUGAAUUAAUUUGAGUAGAAAUAAAUAUUUUUAGACAUAGACACGAUUAUUUCAACAGCACAGGCUAAAUUUAAAUGCGUUAUUAUGGAGCUGCGGUCAUGUAGAUGCUGCUGAGACGACGGUUAUAUGUAAGAAAGACAUCUUAAAACGUGUACAUUGACAAACAAAAUAAUUUACCCCUUUUAACCUUUGAACCACGACAUGUAUUCACGAGCGAAUUAUUAAAUCCAUUUAGGGCCGCCUAUCAAAUUACGCACAGCGGUUUGAACUUUUACGCACGGCGUUUCAACCACUAUUUUAGCUAGAUAUUAAGUCCCACAGACUCACAAUAUGGAAUUUGUUAAUUUCAGCCACAAUUUGUGAAAUUAAAUCUGCUAUUUUCCAAAAGAUUCCGGUUUCCCAAAUGAGCAAUGUACAGAAAAAUAUAAAAAUAAGAUAAUUAAAAACAAAUUGUCUGUUUUAUACCUAAGCGUUCUCAUCCUUUUCUGUUCCUUUGCUGUACCUCAUCCUCCUUCCUUGAGUUCUGUGGUUGUUUUUACAUACAGGUGGAUGUAUUGGCAUCAAUUUGGGAGCGAAUCACCUCUUAUUAUUGGACUUUUGGCGCCAUCUCGUGGUUGUAGAGUUGCCUAAUGCCUGUUGGACGUUUGAUUUCCUUUUACUAAAACAGUCACCUGAAAUAUAUUGUCACUUUAAUCACUGUUUGCUUACAAAUCAGAUUACGCAAAACCACGCCCAUAUAGGAAAAUCAAACUUGCAAUAAAAAUAAAACCAGUACAGAAGUACAGGGUGUACAGGCUCUAAUGUGAGUAGUAAGAGAAACUGUGAAUUCAUGACCACCUCUGUAAAUACUGUAGUGUAGAGACAGGCUCAGGCUAACGCUGCUUUUUAGUGAUUUUGGAGUGAAUAACAUUGCAUUCAUUGACACAGCUUAUUAUUCUAGCUAAAACCAAU